AUGUGGUCCACCACUUUAGACAGCCAGUCUAUUCGACGCACAGAAUCCGGAAUGCAGGCAAAUCAAUGGCACCGCGGGGAUCCGCAAGGGGAUUCCGGCAGAUUACACGCAACUGACGGCCCCCACGAGCGGGAUGGAGAUAGUGACUCAAGUGGCGCAGAGGCAGUCCGGAGCCGCGAUGGUACCUGGGGCGAGCGCGACGUCGGUGGUGUUGACAAACGAGCUGCCUUGGAGGAACUGGAGGGGUUACGGGAAAACCUCAGUCAGCUGCAUCAGUCGAGGACUAGGGAGACACAGGCUAGCAGACGCAGACGGAGGAAGUCUGGUGUUGCCGAAGAGGGUGCCGAUAUUUCGAGGCGUGGUACGCGGCACUCGACAGGGGCUGAGACCGAUGCUGGAGACGAUGACCUGGAGAGAGGUCAAGCGGACGACGCAGCCGACGAUUUCGAGCUGAGCAACUUCAUACGCGACGGCCAUUUCGAGAAGCGAACAGACAGCGGCUCUGAGAAGAGGGUCGGCCUGGUGUACAAGAACCUCACUGUCAAGGGCGUGGGCAAUACGACAUCCCUUGUCCGCACCGUGCCCGACGCCAUCAUUGGCACUUUUGGACCGGACUUGUACCACAACAUCUCGCGGUUGAUCCCGUUUCUGCAAUUUGGGAAGAAGCCUACGCGUAAGCUUAUUAACGAUUUCACGGGCUGCGUUCGGGAUGGCGAGAUGAUGCUCGUGCUGGGUCGCCCGGGUGCUGGCUGCAGCACCUUCCUCAAAGCCGUCAGCAACAACCGAGAAUCGUUCGCAGCCGUUGAAGGAGACGUCUCGUACGGCGGUAUUCCGGCCAAGAAGCAGAAGAAGAUGUUCCGGGGAGAGGUGAACUACAACCCCGAAGACGAUGUUCACUUCGCCUCUCUCAACGUCUGGCAGACCUUCACCUUCGCCCUGAUGAACAAGACGAAGAAAGCUGCCAAGGGCGACAUCCCGAUUAUCGCCAAUGCUCUGAUGAAGAUGUUCGGAAUCAGUCAUACCAAGUAUACACUCGUUGGUGACGAGUACACGCGAGGUGUAUCUGGUGGAGAGCGGAAGCGUGUCUCCAUUGCGGAGACAUUGGCGUCAAAGUCAAUGGUCAUGGCAUGGGACAACUCGACCCGUGGCCUCGAUGCCUCAACGGCUCUGGACUAUGCGAAAUCAUUGCGGAUCAUGACCGACAUCAGCAACCGCACGACACUUGUGACAUUGUAUCAAGCGGGCGAGGGUAUCUACGAAUUGAUGGACAAGGUUCUGGUCAUCGACCAAGGCCGUGAGAUCUUUUCAGGGCCGGCAAAAGACGCCAAACAAUACUUCAUCAAUCUGGGAUUCGAGUGCCCAGAACGGCGUAUGUACAUUUUAGAGCUCCCUAUUGCCCCUUCUGGCCUGUGUCAAGAGCCAUUGCUUCCGAGACACGCAUUCCGGCUCUUUGUUUCUCAUCGAAAAGGAGUAAUUACUGACUCUAAUUUGCUACCAGAGACUACCGCAGACUUCUUGACCGCCGUCACAGAUCCGACCGAGAGACGCUUUCGCAAGGGAUUCGAGAGCAAGGCGCCGAAGUCUCCCGAGGAGCUUGAGAAGGCGUUCCGCGACUCGCCGAACUAUCAGAAGUUGCUCGCUGAUGUGACGGAUUACGAGCAGCACUUGCAUCAGACCGAUUUCCAAGAUGCGAAGAAUUUUGAAGGAGCGGUGCAGGAAGGCAAAUCCAAACAUGUCAGCAAGAAGUCAUCGUACACCGUCUCGUUCCCUCGGCAGGUCUUGGCCUGCACCAAACGAGAGUUCUGGCUUCUGCUUGGCGACAAGACAACUCUAUGGACAAAACUGUUCAUUAUCAUCUCGAACGGUCUCAUCGUUGGAUCAAUCUAUUACGACCAACCAUUCUCUACAGCAGGCGCCUUCAGUCGUGGCGGUGCCUUGUUCUUCUCUAUCCUCUUCCUCGGUUGGCUCCAACUCACGGAGCUGAUGAAGGCCGUAUCAGGUCGCGCUGUGGUCGCCCGACAUAAAGACUAUGCUUUCUACCGCCCGUCUGCCGUCUCGAUUGCUCGCAUACUGCUGGAUUUCCCGGUCAUUCUUGUCCAAGUGUGCAUCUUUGGGCUGAUCAUGUAUUUCAUGACAAACCUCGACGUCGUUGUCAGCAAGUUCUGGAUCUACAUGCUCUUCAUCUACAUCAAUACAAUGAUGCUCACAGCUCUGUACCGCAUGUUCGCGAGCCUGUCUCCCGAAAUCGACACUGCUGUGCGCUUCUCAGGUAUUGCUCUGAACCUGCUCAUCAUCUACACUGGAUACGUUAUCCCCAAGACGCAGCUGCUGAGCGAUUACAUCUGGUUCGGAUGGAUCUACUACAUAAACCCAAUCGCAUACAGCUUCGAGGCCGUACUGACGAACGAAUUCACCGGACGGACGAUGCAGUGUGAUCCGUCGCAGCUCGUGCCCCAGGGGCCGAAUGUCCAACCUGGCUACCAGGGAUGCGCGCUGGCAGGUGCUGGCCUCAACGCUGCUUCGGUGCCGGGGACUGAAUACCUGACGACCACUUUCAACUACACGCGCGCCCACCUUUGGCGCAACUUUGGUGUUGUCAUUGCCUUUACAGUUCUCUACAUCCUCGUUACAAUUUUCGCCACGGAAAAGUUCAGCUUUUCGAAUGAAGGGGGCGGCGCCUUGAUCUUCAAGAAGAGUCGCAAAGCAAAGCAACAGGCGAAGAAGGCUGCUGCGUCCACGGACGUCGAAAAGAAUGAAGCCUCUGGGUCUAGUGGAUCCUCGGAGACGAAGAUGGGUGACUCCCCUGCCACGUCCAAGGAGCAGGACGAAGCAAUGAACCAGUUGACACGCAGCGAGUCCAUUUUCACGUGGCGCGAUGUCUCCUUCACCGUGCCUUAUCUAGGUGGCGAGAAGAGGCUACUGAACAAAGUCAACGGGUACGCCAAACCUGGCAUCAUGGUCGCCCUUAUGGGUGCAUCAGGCGCUGGUAAGACGACAUUACUCAACACCCUUGCGCAGCGACAGAGGACAGGAGUCAUCACGGGCGAGAUGUUUGUCGAUGGUCGACCGCUCGGUCCGGAGUUUCAACGCAACACUGGCUUCUGUCUCCAGGGAGAUCUUCACGACGGCACUCAGACUAUCCGUGAAGCGAUCGAGUUCUCUGCACUUCUACGGCAAGAAGCUGACAUCCCACGGGCUGAGAAAAUCGCAUACUGCGACAAGAUCAUCGACCUGCUGGAACUCAAUGAGCUCCAGGACGCCAUCAUCACGUCACUCGGCGUUGAGCUGCGCAAGCGACUGACGAUUGGCGUUGAACUUGCAGCGAAGCCAGCUCUCCUGUUGUUCCUCGAUGAGCCGACUUCCGGUCUGGACUCGCAGUCCGCCUACUCGAUCGUAACUUUCCUCAAGAAGCUGAGCCGCGCUGGACAAGCCAUUGUGUGCACGAUCCACCAGCCGAGUUCAGUUUUGAUUCAGCAGUUCGACAUGGUCCUGGCCCUGAACCCCGGUGGCAACACUUUCUACUUUGGGCCGAUCGGCGAGAACGGGAAAGAUGUCGUCAAGUACUUCGCUGACCGAGGUGCCGUAUGUCCUCUCCAGAAGAACGUCGCCGAGUUCAUCCUCGAGACUGCGGCGCGGCCUCACAGGAUGCCGAAUGGCACCAAAGUCGACUGGAACGAGGAGUGGCUGAACAGUGAGCAAGCACAAGCCGUUAUCGAGGAGAUCGACGGCCUCAAGAGGACCAGAAGCGCAGCGUCACACCCUGGAUCCAAGAAGGGGGACCACAAGGAAUACGCUGCUUCGACAUGGCUCCAGACCGUCGAGCUCACCAAACGCAUGUUCAGACAGUACUGGCGCGAUCCCUCAUACCUCUAUGGCAAGUUCUUCGUCGCGGUUAUUAUAGGUAUCUUCAACGGAUUCACCUUCUGGCAGCUCGGAUACUCGACCCAGGACAUGCAGAACCGCAUGUUCACGUGCUUCCUGAUCGUCACGAUCCCUCCCACCAUCGUCAAUGCCGUUGUGCCCAAGUUCUUCUCCAACAUGGCGCUAUGGCAGGCUCGCGAGUACCCGUCUCGGAUUUACGGAUGGGUUGCAUUCUGCACAGCAAAUAUCGCGGCUGAAAUCCCCGCGGCCAUCAUUUCUGCUGUUCUCUAUUGGGCUCUAUGGUAUUGGCCCACCGGACUGCCAACCGAAAGCUCGGUUUCUGGCUACUCUUUCCUCAUGGUCAUGCUCUUCUACCUCUUCGUGUCCAGCUGGGGUCAAUGGAUCUGCGCCUUCGCGCCGAGCUACACUGUCAUAUCCAACGUCCUGCCCUUCUUUUUUGUCAUGUUCAGUCUCUUCAACGGCGUCGUCCAGCCCUACAGCGGGCUGCCCGUCUUUUGGCGCUACUGGAUGUACUACGUCAAUCCGUCCACGUACUGGAUCGGCGGUAUGCUCGCAGCGACCCUCGACGGCGCUCCUGUCGAAUGCGAGAUCAGCGAGACCGCCCGAUUCGAUGCCCCGCCUGGUCAGACGUGCCGAGACUACGCAGGCGUCUUUGCGAACGAGUCGGGCGGCUACUUGCUCAACCCCGAAGCCAGGAACGACUGCCAGUACUGUCCCUACCGCAGCGGAAAUUUCUAUCUCAAGACGCUAAAUCUCUCGGCGGACGAGAAGUGGCGAGACUUCGGCAUCUUCCUCGCCUUCUGCGUUUCCAACUGGUUUUUGGUUUACUUCUUCAUCUACACCGUGCGUGUUCGCGGAUGGAGCUUCGGGUUUGGGAAGCUCUUUGGCACCAUGGGCAAGGCUGCCGACGCUAUGAAGAAGCCUUUCAAGAAAUCUGGGAAGAAGGAGGAAUUAAGAGAUCAAGAUCACUGA